AUCAUAGAAGAAGAAGUAGAUAACAAAGAAGAAGACUUGACUAGCUCUUGUCUUGUUGCCAGGAUCGCGAGAAGAGGAUAAGUAAACGAUAUUCUUCAAACCAGCUUGCAGCUGUCAUUUUUGUAGCCUGUAUCGCCGAUAGUGUCCCCAGGGGACAAGCUCAAUCUGCCUCACGUUGCAGUUGGAGUCUGCUGUCCAAUCUCUGUCUUACCCUCAGAUCCUCUCUCUUCCCCUGCUGGUUCCUUCCUGAACCUCUUGCUCUCCUUAAACCCUCUUUACUUGGAGUGAACCACUAUGGCAGCAGCAAAGCCCAAAGGGCAGAACUCUCUGGCCCUCCACAAAGUGAUCAUGGUGGGCAGUGGUGGAGUGGGGAAGUCAGCCCUCACUCUGCAGUUCAUGUAUGACGAGUUUGUUGAGGACUAUGAACCAACCAAAGCGGACAGCUAUAGGAAAAAGGUAGUUCUGGAUGGGGAGGAGGUCCAGAUAGACAUCCUGGACACUGCGGGACAAGAGGACUAUGCUGCCAUCCGGGACAACUACUUCCGCAGUGGGGAGGGCUUCCUCUGUGUCUUCUCCAUCACUGAGGCAGAGUCGUUUGCAGCUACAGCAGACUUCAGGGAGCAGAUCUUGCGGGUGAAGGAGGAUGAGAGUGCGCCCUUCCUCCUGGUGGGGAACAAGUCUGACUUGGAGGACCGGCGGCAGGUCAGCGCGGAAGAGGCCAAGGCGCGUGCUGAACAGUGGGGCGUGUGCUACGUGGAGACCUCUGCCAAAACCCGUGCCAAUGUCGACAAGGUAUUCUUUGACCUGAUGAGAGAGAUCCGAGCGAGAAAGAUGGAGGACAGUAAAGAGAAAAACGGCAAGAAGAAAAGGAAAAGUUUGGCCAAGAGGAUUCGAGAGAGAUGCUGCAUUUUAUAGUGACAAGGGGGUCAGUGAUGACUGCUUUGUGUAUAUAAAUAUUUCACCUAUUUUUGCAUUUUAUUUGUGCCCAUAGAAGCCCCUUACUCCUGGUUCUGGUACCCAGGGAUUCUAGUCUUGGAUCAGAAGUAACUGGUUGGUUGAACAAAAGGUGAGUGGCGCUGACUGUGGCAAGUGGUUCAUGGACAGAUUUGGCAGUCCCAUAAUCCUUGUGUUGCUCAAUCGAUCCUCUAUGCUCUGACACUCCUCAAACCUGCAGCCUCUAUAGUUCUUCUGGACCACAUGUUAGAGAUGGCACAGACUUAAUGUGGUUAAAACAUUGGGCGUGGCUCUUUGUAGGCUGAUUUAAAAAUAAGUGAAUAUAACUUAAAUGUACGCAUACCCAACAAGACCAUGGUCAUGUUAUGACUGAGAUCUUGGACAGCUCCAAACCCAGAACAUUUUCCUAUUUCUGAGGGACCAUUUCCAAUUAAAAUGAUUUAACACCAAUUAACCUGAUUGAAUGAGAGGAAAAAAGCCUGCAUGCCUCCAGGGUUGGGUUUCCCAAAAGCAUGUUAAGGCUAAGUUCGUUAGAAAUUUCAUAGGAUCAUCGUUAAAUCUCAGAGCUGUUUCACAAAACCAUCAUUACUAACUUCCAUUUGAAAACACUUGUAAUCUAACAACUGCUUCAGACCACAGCUAAAGUGUGUCAGAUUAUCUUUUGCCCUCCCGCAUAACUUUACACACCAUCUCAGAUAAACACAAUCAAAGUGUUUGUCUCUGAUUGCUGUUAACUUCAUAGUUGAAUACAAAUAGUCUACAAAGUUUGCAAUGCUACAAACAAGCGACGCAAUGACAAAACAGGUUUCAAAUGAAAACUGAGAUGACUAUAUUGUAAGAUAGAUAUUAGACUACAUAUUUCAGUCAUAUUGAAAUUACUUUAUUGUUUAAUCAAUUGAGUUAUAUUUUUCUAAUUGUAGGCUACUGUAAGAUGUGCCAAAUUUGGUUUAGUGUAUUAUUAUAGGCUAAGCUGAUCAUACUUUCUGUAGGAGCAUGUCCUUCAUCACUAUUGUAUAUUCUUUCUAGGCCCAGGACUAGUUAGGCACUGAAUUAUUUUAAAAAUAAACCAAAAAUCCAGGUUUACUAUUGAUGCAUACACUCUUAAGUUUUCAAAACGUCAAAAUUGUAUACAUAAGCACACUGACAAGCUUUGUUUCUCCUCUGUUGUGAGGGGAAUCAGUUUCAUUAUUUACACUCCCUUUCAUUCAUUCUUGGAGAGAAGACCAAUUCUUUGGGUUCUCGUUCAUUAUGGUAGAAGGGUGUGAAACUUGACAGUUUACCUGAACUUGUUUAGUAAUUUACCUGGCCUUUACUUCAUUUACCUUUUCCAUUGGAAAAGUUAGGUCCUGUAAUUAAUGAGCAUUACCAGAAAUCACCAUAUUUUCUUUCAUGUUCUCUCUUGGUUUCUAUAGCACCAAGUCCUUUCCAUUACUGCUGCCUCAGACCCACUUGUUACAGACUGGGUCAACUGGAUUAUAUCUAAACAUGUCGUAGAUCUUUGGUGUUAAAGGGGUACUGCACUUCCUAAUUUUGCCUUGUUUUAGACUUGGUUCAUUAAGAAAUGCUAGUUUCCAUGACUGAAUUCAAACGGGAGUUGGUUUCGCGGUCUGGUUUGAUGCAGGUGUCUCUUGUGUGUUCGCAGAUGGGAAGAGUUAGCCAAUUAGCUUCAGCCGGCUGGUGUGCUACCUUGGCAAAGUUGGUUUGACUUUGGAUAGCCUAUCUUUGGGAAUAGUAGGGACCGUCCAUAAGUUACACAAUGUACAUCAUUUUAGUUGUCUCAUUAAAUGCUUUCAAUAUUUGUAUAUGAAUUUCUACAAUUUAUAGUUGGGUUGAAGUUUUUAAAUCAUUGAAAUUUAGAGAUAUUGUCCCAUGUACACACCCUGUAUCACAUACGGUUGUGAUUGGGAGUCCCAUAGGGCGGCGCACAUUUGGCCCAGUGUUGUCCGGGUUUGGCCGGGGUAGGCCGUCAUUGUAAAUAAGAAUUUGUUCUUAACUGACUUGCAUAGUUACAAAAAAUAAUUAAAUGUACAUUGUAAUUUACUGAUGGUCCCUGACUAGCCCCAUAGGCAUUAUGAUCAGGUAGUGUGGAGCUGUGCUCCGAAUUGAUGAUUACUUGGGUGCUGGCUUGUGGGCAGGAUUAAAAUAAACCCAACCCACAGAAAACUUAUGUUAAUCUUCAUUCCGUAACAUAUAAUUAUUAUUUUUUUAUCGUCUCGCAUAUCAGUUUUGGACAAAUACACUUAGUAGUACAUUUUGACACUAGAAUAAAUGUUUGACUCAUAUCGAUGCUACUUAGGCCAUAUUUUUUUUUACCCCUCCCCUUUUUCUCCCCAAUUCAGUCAUAUCCAAUUGCGAUCUUGUCUCAUCGCUUCAACAGGCUUGGGGAAAGGCAAAGGUCGAGUCAUGCGUCCUCCAAAACAUGGCAUGCCAAACCGCGCUCCUUUACACCUGCCCGCUUAACCCGGAAGCCAGCCGCACCAAUGUGUCGGAGGAAACACUGGUCAACUGAUGACCCAAGUCAGCCUGCAGGCGCCUGGCCUGCCACAAGAAGUUGCUAGAGCGCGAUGAGCCAAGUAAAGCCUCCCCUAACACAGAUGACGCUGGGCCAAUUGUGUGCAGCCAUAUGGGACUCCCAGAAGAAGUUGUUUUUUACGGUCAGUCGCUCUUUAAGGUCCUCCAUGAACUUUUUUCUUAAAUAGUGCAUGUUUUUUGGCGAGCUAGGUUGUUCAAUUUUCUUUGAACAUGACCCUGAUUCAUUUCACAACAGGGUGGUGACUUGUGGCUAUGCACCAAAGAUGACCAUCUCCGCCACCAUAGUUGGAGCACACCGUCUGCAACUACAUUUUCCAUAAAGACCGUUUACUCUGCAAGGCUUAUCAUGUAACUAUUGAGUGACUUUAAUGCAACCCAGGGGUUUUUAUUUUCACCUUUAUUUAACCAGGUAGGCUAGUUGAGAACAAGUUCUCAUUUAUAUCUGCGACCUGGCCAAGAUGAAGCAAAGUAGUGCGACACAAACAACAGAGUUACACAUGGAAUAAACAUACAGUCAGUAACACAAUAGAGGGGAAAAAAGUGUAUACCGUAAUUUCCGGACUAUUAAGCGCACCUGAAUA